CCGCGGUAGUAUAGUCAACUGGGUGGCUGAACUUGAUAAUGUCUGCUCCUAUGAUUUCCGCGGCGCAGGCCGUAGGCGAGUACUUACAAUUUCCUGACGACCUCGCCAAGAUCACGGCGUUUCGCAAGAAAUUAGAGAAAGAGAAAGCGUCCAUCGAUGCUCGGCUGAAGAGUGGAGUGAAAGAGCAGCUUGAUGCUACACGAGAUGGGUUGCGGAAACUCUUCAGUACGCGGAACAAUGUCCAGACUAUCAAGGACGAGAUGGAGACGGUGGACAGGCUCUGCAGCGACCCUCAGAACAACGUAUCGACGUUCGACCAGAUAAGCAGAGUAUCUAUGGUACAUCGGAACUUUGAACGCACAGAGGAGAUGGUGAACAACCUCCUCGAGAUGGAGUCUCAUCUCGAUAUGCUGGAGGAUAUGCUAGAAGCAGAUAGCCAGGACAUUCUCGGACCAGCCCCCAAUCUGCUUCGCAUACACUACCAGAUCAAUAGGCUGGAGGCGUUCCGGAACCAGUCCAUGCACCAGGCGAAGAAGUCUUCUGCCGACUCGCGACAAACUCUGACGCGGUAUUUUGAGCGCUUGUCGCGUCUCAUAGAGGCCUUCGACGAGUACAUACUCGCCUUGGCGCGAAAUAUACUCAUGAUCGUGAUGGAAGGCAAUCCGGAGACCAUCGUGAAGCUCGUGAAGAUUGCAGAAAUCGAGCAGCAGGAGGAUGAAAAGGCCAUAGCCAUCAAGUUGGUCAAGAAGGCGGCCAAGUUGGACGCUGCAGCGAAAUUCAGGUCUAUGCAGGCCGACGCGCGAGUAUACAAGCACUACCGACAGAAGGUUAACAAAUGCAUCGUUGAGUCGAUCAAGGCUACGUUGGACGAAGCAUAUAGUCGUAAUGAGAACGACCCUGCGGCAUUCCUCGAUAACCUCGACUGGCUCUACCAGGACCUGAUCCACAUCGAGACAGACGUUGUCCCGUGCUUCCCGACGUCCUGGGAUGUAUAUCCUCUCUACAUUCGCGAGUACCACAAGGCUCUUAAUGCUACGCUUCAGAAAAUCAUCGCGUCAGAACCCGAGGCGAGCGUGUUGCUGACGCUGAACGCCUGGGUAAAGGAUUACAAGAAAAAGAUGAAGGAGCUGGAGGUGCCCCCGGAAUUGCUCGAGCCCCCGUUGCUGGACGGCAAGGAGCAAGCGCUCAUAGAGGACUAUCUUAAGCUCAUCAUCAGGAAACUUGACGAAUGGACGGAGAAUCUGAUGAAGGACGAGGUGGCAGCAUUUAUCGCACGUGCCGAUCCGCCAGAGGUGAACAGCGACGGUCUUUACGGCAUGCAAGGCGCAAUCAUUCUCUUCCAGAUGGUCAACCAGCAGGUCGACCUCGCGACGGAGAGUGGGCAGGGCAUGAUCCUCGCUCGCGUGAUCGAAGAGGUCGGGCGGGUGCUGCGCGGCGUCCAGGACCGCUGGACGAAACUUCUCGAGGCGGAGUGUAAGAAGUUUACCGAAAAGCCAGAGGAGGUUCCCGGCGGCCUAGUUGAGUAUGCCAUCGCGCUCGCGAACGACCAGAUGAAGUCGGCGGACUAUGUGGAGGCCCUGUCGUCGCGCGUCGAGCCGCUCGUUUCGGAAAAGUACCGGGUGCCUAUCCACGAUAGGUUGAACGACGCCAUUGACGGCUUCCUCGACGUCGCGAAGAAAUGCACGCAAACACUCAUGGAGGUCAUCUUCAAUGACCUGAAGCCAGCGACGAAGCAGCUGUUCCAGCCAGCCUGGUACGACGGUAUCUCAGCGCAGAUCAUCGAGACCAUCCGUGAUUACAUGUCCGACUACAAUACCUUCCUUAACCAGACACUCCUGGACCUUAUGGUCGAGGAUCUCCUAGACACCUAUCUCGUUACAUAUCUCACCGCCUUGGCGAACGCACCGAAACUCAAGGUUCCUGCAGCAUUGGAGCGCAUGAAGGCAGAUAUCGACGACAUUUAUAAACUCUUCGGUCAGUACAAGAAGCUGAAAGAACUUGAGCCGCAAAUCCAAGUGCUCGAGCUGGUUCUGUCGAUGCUCGAAGCGUCUCAGAGCCUGGUCUUCCUGUCGUACUGGUCGUUUGCCAAGGUGUACGGACCAAAUAUUCCGUUCGUGGAGUCGUUGAUGAAGGCACGAGGGGAUCUGGACCGGUCAGGCGUCAGCGAGGUUAUGGAAAGCAUCAAGCGCAAGGUCAAGGAAGAGAACCUGACAGACCCGGAGGAACCGACAAUAAUGAAGAGAGUCAAUGUUCAGGGUACAUUCUCUCGUUUCCUGGCCAAUGCACGGUCAUAG